AUGGACGGGCCGGGCCGGGCCGCGGAGCCCAGCGGACGGGCGGACGAUGCGGCGGGCGGGCCCCGCUGGCCCCCGGCCCCCGAGGAGGGCGCAGAGCCCCUGGCAGAGCCGCAGUGCGGGACGCCCCCCGAGACACCCCCGGCCGGCCCGCAGCCGACCCCCCCCCCCACGGUCCUGCCCACCCUCCUGGCCUACAGACCCGAGUCCUCGGAGGCAAACGUACACCACGAGGCAGAGGAGGAUGCUGAGCCAACCUGCGAGUACUGUGGCAACCUGCUGAGGCCGUUCCCCUUCUCCCAGGAUGUGCCUCUCUCCGAAGACCAGGAGGACAAAUUCUGCUGCAAGCGCAGCCGGGAGCUCUAUGAGUUCAUCAUGAAGGAGAAGAAGAGGCUCGAGGAUGCCAGCAGCCUUCCCAGAGCUGUCAGCACCCAGGAAUCCCUCAGCGCUGAAGCCAACCUGCUGCUGUCAAAGGAGCAAGACAGCCAGAGGCAGCAGAAGAGACACCUGGCUAGAGAGUUGGCUGACCAGUCUUUAAGGCUGAGUGCCACUAAAGGGUUACAGCAAGCUGGAUCCGCUUCCUACAAGCCUUCCCAGGAACGCACGUCUCCCAAAGGCAGGACACCAGCGCCUCCUGCAAGCGCAGCCAAGCACGAGCCCUGGGCCAAGGAGAAGCACAAGCUCGAACCCGAGCCCUGGGCCAAGGAGAAGCACAAGCUCGAACUCGAGCCCUGGCCCGACGAGAUGCCUGAACUAGAAUCCCAGCCCAAGGAGGAGCCUGAACUGGAAUCCCAGCCUAAGGAGAAACCUGAACUGGAACCCCGGCCCGAGGAGAAGCUUGAGGAAGAGCCCCAGCCCGAGGAGGAGUCUGAGCUGGAGCUUUGGCCUGAGGAGGAGCCCGAGCUGGAGAACGAGGCCGAGUUGGAGAACGAGCCCAAGUCCCAGCCCGAAGAGGAGCCUGAGUCCAAGAAAGAGCCCAAGCACGACAAGAAGCCCGCGUCCCGCAGCGUCCUCUGCUACGAAUUCAGUCUUCUGGGGAAGAAGGUGGGGAAGGGUAAACUGGUGCAGAAGUACUACAAAAAUGGAAAGAAAUUCCUUACCAUGCUCCCAGACGGAACAUCGCAGUUAUUCUAUCCAUCUGGAAACCUGGCCAUCAUCAUUGCACAAGCCACCGACCAGCUGAUGUGCAUAGUACAGGAAGACGAGCCAAGGACAGCCAAAAUCCGAGCACUGUUUCAGUCUGAUGGCAGGAGCACGUGCUAUUACCCUUCCGGAGAUGAGUGGAUAAAUAUGAGUAUGCAGGGUGGGCAGUAUUUGGACCAAGCAGGCAACAGGGUAAGAAGGUGGAUGUGGCCAAACUUGUUACCAGAGCCCCAGGUCCCACUGAGCCCCAUUUUCAUCUCACUGAACCACUACGUGGGGGUCAGGAUCCUGGCCCAGGACAAGAUCUUCGUUUCCUUCCUCGCCAUGGGGCGACAAGCAAAACUCAACAUGGGAACCAAAGUGCAGGUCAGCACUGACAGCCAGCUGCCUCCUCCAGCCCGGCUGGGCGAGGAUGAGCUGCUGCUGCUCGCCUUCCGCGUGAAGAUCCUGCAGCUCUUCGACAGGAUGCGGGGCUGCCUCACCUUCCCCUCCAGUGAGCAGUGGAACAAAAUGCAGCCUCCCAUGUACCUCAUCAGCCAGGCUGUGAAGAUCCUGGAGCUCAGCGUGACUGCUGACAUAAGUGAUGAGCUGGCCAACUCCAUCAAGGCGAUAGUAAAUGCCCAGUAGUUCUGACCAGUGUGUGUGUGGUGUAAGGUGUCCCUGACACUGUGGCACCUGCAUGUGCUCAGCAAGGUUUCUCCUCCAGCCCUGCGUGCCCUGGUGCAGAGCAAAGGUCAGUCCAGGGCUGAUCCACACAGCCCCAAAUGGGUCUUGCUCAGGGCAGGCGGUACCAGCCCGCACUGACAGCACCUUGGUCAUGGAGGCACGGGAGGGCUUUGCUCAGGCAACCCCGUGCUCCGCAGCAGUGCACUGCUCCUGAGCAGGCUCCCUUCUGCCUGCAGCCCCAGCUGAGCACUCACCUCAGCCCUCGGGAAGGCACAAGGCACAAAGGCACAGCCACACGGGUACUGCUCUGGCGCUCCUGACAAGAAGGUGGCGUCAGCAGGAAGCCCCAGGUGUUCCUGGUGCCCACGCUGCAGGUACAAGGCAAGGUGGUUCCCUGCACAGAGAGCGACAAAUGCCCUCAGAGUGCCCAAAGCAAUCACCUAUGCUUGGCCCAGGGAGCACCAGCUGCAGCCUGGGACGGGCUCUGGUUCAAGCACUGCAAACACAGAGCUGUCAGUGGGUGUUUAGAGGCUCAUGGUGCCACAGUCAGCCUCUCAGAGCUGCCUUUGAAACUAGGGGUUCACCUGGCCAGCUUCCCCCAGGGAGGCCACACCUCAACUGUGGCAGGUGCCUGACGGAUAAGACCAUGCCCCAUGUGCCCCUCCCCACACUGGAGGUUCUUAGGGGCUUACACAGGACAAAUACAAGGUCAGUAACUUUGGAAAGUUGGCUUUUUAUGCAGUUUUUCCAUUGCAGUUCCAAGAAUGUCCAUCGGUGACAAACAAGGUACUUCACACAGGAAAUGGGAACUCUUUAUUUCAAUUAAUGUUCUUGGGUUCUGUUCAGGACAGCAGGAUGGCCCAGCUCAUCUCUCAAAUGGCCAAGGAAGAACUGCUGGAGCUGGUCCACAUGAUUAAAGAGCAGCUGAUCUUAAUUUU